AUGGGAUCCGCUCCCGCCUCGUCCCCGGCUGCCUCGUCAGAGGGACAGCGGAAAGGCGAGCCGCGACACAGAGGAAACAAAUUUGACAAGAAGCGCGCAGAGAAGCACCCCGAUAGGGACUCACGCAAGCGCUUUCACCCCGACUCUCAAGGCGGCGGCAAGCUCGAGAAGAAGCCGAAAUUCAACAGGUGCACAGAGCUUCACCACAAACAGGGGCCUGGCCAGCAAGUCGACAAGCCCAGACUCAACACACCUGACUCGCAGCAAGCAGCGGAUUCUUCUUCUACCUCGAGAUUCCAUCAGCGCCCACAGAAAAGAAGGGAAGGCGGCGGCUCGCCCGCGCGGCCUGCCUCCGCGCCCGGCGAGCACAAAAAAUUUAUAAACAAUCAGAAAAUGCCGUCUGCUCGCUACUAUGCCGCCCCAAAGACAGACGAAGAGCGCGCUGAAGAGCGCAAAAGAAGCAUCUUCGUGUCGAAUCUCCCUCCUGAUGUCACGCGCGACGAACUGAAUUCUAUCUUCAACGCUUUUGGGCCUCUCGCAACCACCAAACUUGUCAUGGGGGGUGCGACGGAAGAUCAGGCCGGCAAAAAAGAGAAAGGCAUGGCGCGCUCAGCCUUCGUCAUUUUCAGAGACGAAGCGUCGGCGGCGCGCGCCUUGGCGGCGGGCGCGGGCGCGCCGAUGAAGCGCGCGCUGCAUGCGCCUGAGCAGCAGAAGAAGGUGGCGGGGCUGCGCGGCACGUUGCCGCAGGUCGGCGCGAUGUCUGUCUUCGCUGCCGAGGCCUUGUCGCUCUCGCAAGAAGCCGAAGAGGAGGAAGACGCGCCGGCGGUCGCUGAGCAGAGAGACUUGAUGCUCAGAGGCCAAACCCUCGUUGUGCGGCCGGUGCUGGCACGCGAGGAAGCUCAAAAACUGAAGACCCAGGGCGGCCAGUGGACAAAGAAGGAGCAAAGCGCAGCGCGGAGGAAUUUGCAGCUGGCGUUCGUCGGAAUGAUCUCCCCGAAGAGUGCGGCGUUCCAGGAGCUGCCGCCACCUGAGCAGCGGCGCCGCCUGCAAGCCUGGCAAGAGAAAAGAGAAAAGAUGAAAAACCCAAACUACUUUGUCAAUCCCACGCGCCUGAGCGUGCGUAACUUGCCCGCGUCGGCGAGCGCCAACGACAUUCGAGAGAAGGCUGCCCAUUUCCUGGUCAAGUCAUCGGAGUUCGCCGAGCUGCAGACGCAGCGGCUGAAGGUGCGCGAGGCCUUGCAAGCCCCGUGCGCCAAGGAGAAGGCCGGCGGAGACGAGGCGGCUCAGGGGCAGGCGCGCCAGGCGCGCGUGACUGAGUUCGCGCGGCUGCAUCCCAAGCAGCAGCGCCGCCUCGCAGAGCAGGCCAUCCUCAAGGUUCGCAUCAUCCGCGACAAGGAGCGCCGGCGGGCGUCGUCUCCAUAUCUCCCCGCGGCUGCGCAAAGCGGCGCGGAGGCGACGGAGAAGCGCUCGCUGGGUUUCGCCUUCGUCGAUUGCGCGGACGCCACAGUCGCGGAGAUCGUCCUCAACUUCCUCGGCAGCUGCACGAGCCAAGACUUCCUGCCUGAGGGCCUCUCUCUGCUGGACGGCGCAAAGGGCAAGCAGAGCUGGCGGAAACUGAUGGUCGAGUACGCGAUGGAGGAUGCGCGCAAGGUUAAAAUCAAGGAGGAUAAAAACAGAGCCUACGUGCAGAUGUUGGAGCGUCAGAAAAAGAGUGAAGAAGGCAAGGAUACCGAGGGGCUGCCCGCCGCCGGAAAGCCUCUGUCGAAGAAACUCAAAACCUACAGCAGAGGUAAGCGCCAGCGCGAGAGGCGGCGGCAGGCGCGCCUCGCUGCAGCGGGUCUGGCUGCUGAUGCGGCGCUCCUAGCCGGACACGCCGAAGGCCAAAAAUGCCAGCCGGCUGCUAGCCGCGAGGCCAGCUCGCCGCCAGAGAAAGAGCCCAGCAAGAAGCGAAUCGACGGGAAGGAGGCUCGCGCCGCCGAGGAGAAGAAGCCGCGGAAGGAAAAGAAGAAGCGAAAGAAAAGCAAAGAGGAAGAUCGCGACGACGCCUCGACUGCAGACGACGAAGUCCUCGUCUUCGAUGAUGAAGGCGAGACGCACAAGCCUCGUGUCUACCCGAAGCGCAUCAAGUCUCAUCCUGACUCGCGGCGACGACGGAAGCAGGCUAACGGUGCGGAGGACAACGAAAGCCUAGAGGAAGACUUUCUGAAGAAGCGCGUGAAGUCCCUCCUCAGCGGACAGGCCUAA